CUAUCUCAGAAACGUUCAAGGGUUUUUUUCCCGGAUCGGCUGAAGCGUAGGUUCUGCUUAGUUAGUGAGGUGAUGAGUAGGAAACAAUAGAUUGAAUUUCCUUUCAUGCUUCUGACCUCGGUAUCGUCCAAUUGGAUGUAAAUCUCGACCCUUCACACGCUUCAGCACAGCGGGAUGUGAUGUAAAAAUGACGUCGCUCACUCUAUGAAUCGUUUUGAAGGAUCAUAGAAGGCUCAGUUGUUGAGGAAAAUCUGUUAUGACUGAAACGCUCUCACAAAGGGAAAUUUAGUGAGUAGUCAAUCUCUUUCUCCUGAUUAUUCUAAUAGCUUGUGUUCGAUUUAGCUAACAAGUAACCGGUACACCGUUGGUAGCGUUGUUAUUUCCGUUAUUUCAAGUCAUAAGCAUGAAAUUUUUUUCUAGCUGCGCCGUUUCUAUGUCUGUUUGGCGUUUUCACCGCGUGCCACAUAAAGUUCCAACAAUAAUCAGUAAUGUCUGCGAAGAUUUUCUUCGGCAUCAUAAAAAGAUCACCCUUUGUUUUGUCUUUGCCAGCACUGGAGCACGCGAGAAAACAUCAGAAAUCUUUUAUCUCUUUUAACGCACACUUAUUUCACUUAAUGAUGUAUUCAAUGAUCUUUCGCUUUGCUGCACACAAAGAUAUGGUAGAAUUUGCAGUCAAAUCCCCUAUUAGGCGAAAAGGCAAUCCAGCUAGCGUCUUUAACGAUUCUUUCGCGCGUAUUCAGAUUCUGCCCAUCUUCUCAGUGACGUUGUUGGUUCAGUAAACAUAGUAAAUUACAUUAACAAGCAAUUGAGUUCCUGUAUGGCAAAGAGGAACUUAGAACAAGAGCUUGGUUUUAGCAUGACCAAAACUUGAGUCAUUCUAAGCAUGCCCUUCUUCUCAGUUCCGUUAUUGGUUCAGUAAACAUACCAAAUUACGUUAACAGGCACUUGAGUUCCUGUAGGGCAAAGAGGAACUUAAACUGGAGCCCGGUUUCAGCAAGAUUAGAACUUGAACUAUAAUUUCCUCUAUAUCCAAUUUCAUUUUUUCCUGCUUUACCAUCGCCCGAUAUCAAAGUUGAAGGCAAUAAAAAGUAGAAGACUAAGAUUUUUCCCUGCUCCUAGGACUAUACCUUGAUUGUGCAAUUAAUAAAAUGCAUUGCAUAAUGGUCCAGCCGAACAACAGAAGGGAAAAAAAAAAGGAAACACUUAUAACCGAAGUUCAGCUCGCCAAAGAACUGAACGAUCCAGCGUAUCUGUACCGAUAUUUGUCGAUUCAACUGAAUCAGUAAAGGCCCUUAUCAUCAUAUCAUCAGGUUUAAGAUUUCAUUAGCUUUAUUUCAACACUAAGGGUCAACAUUUAAUUGAAUUUGCUGCAGAUUUGGUUCAUCGAUUCAUCUCCCCUGCAACUGUUUGCAGCUCGCCCCUCAAAUCUCUCAAGAACAUUUACACCACAAGCGACAAAGCUAUCUUAAAAAAUGGUCAAGUUGGUAGUUUUGGUGACGGCGGUAGCUCUGAGUAUCUGCUUCUUUCUCCAAACUUCAGGUAUGUAACUUUAAUGUAAUUAAUAAAUCUGGGUCGUCUCAAUUUCGCCUCGAGCAAGGUAUUUUCCGGGGGGGGGGGGUUUAGACGACAGUCCUGUAUCGGACGGUGUACAUAAUGACCUUUUCCGACGGACGGUUGAAACGAUGAAAAUUCUUCCUUUCAUCUAUGUGUGACUUGCACUUCGCGCUCGCCUUGCGAUUGCCUCUGUUUGCCUGAAAAACGCAAAAAAUAAUACCGGUUCUGGAGGGCCGAUAUUAGAAUAAAGAUUGCUUUCACCAACCUCAAUAGGAUCUCAUUCUGUCGUCGCGUUCCGACACCUUCCCUUUGCUCUCAAUUCUGAGCAUUAUAACUGGUUUCCUAUUAUCACAUCAGACUUAUUGCAGGGUUUGUGGUCCCUAAGUUUUUUUCUUCGUCCUAAAAUGGAUUGCACACUGAUUUUUUUCAAACUGUCACCCACUCUCCCGUAUCAAGAUAUAGGCCAAAUAGCCCCCCCUCCUCACUCACAGAAAGGUUCAUAUUCUGUCUUCUUUUCGAAGCUUUCUUCAAACGACAAACGUUUUUCAUGAAGCAGAUAAAUCUAUUUCGUUCGCUCAUUUAGCUAUAUAAAAUAUCCUUCUCAAAAGGAAGAAAAGAUGAUCUGGGACUUAAACAAUUAUAAAGUCCACAAAUGGACCGAUUCGUGGCCGCUAGCCAAUUGUAUUAUUCUGCCAGAAAGAUUCCUUGGUAUCAAAUUCAUCCCAAGCAACCGGCAAGGUUCCAGAAAAACUUGAACUCCUUUUUCAGUAAUUUUCUACUCAUCAGGGAUCACUGUACCUGACAGGGACUGGAUCCUUUUGCGAGAGUCAUCAGUUAGUAUUUUUAAUUGGGGCAUUUCGUAGCUAAAACAAACUUAAUGGACACCUGCUUUGCCUCAUAAUCAUAGUACAUUGAACUGCUUAUUUUUACCGCGGAACACGAAGCAUAUUUUUGGCUUUUCCUAAUGCACCGUGCAUGUAACUACUUGUCAUCGACUACCAAAUCGGAGAAUUGAAGGUGAACGCUGGCGUAUCACAUCAAAAAUUGUGUAGCCAUGGAACAAACCGGAACGAUUUAACUCAGGAAUUGAGGUCUCGACCUUAAAGUAACAAUGCCAAUGGCUUGUCCUUCUUGAGGAUCUAAGGAAUCUCGUUUUUCGUCUUUGCAAUUAUUGUUUUUAUUAUUGAUUCAAUCCACUUCGUUGCUGUUUUUCCACAGUAAUUUGUGUGUCAACAUAAUGAUUCCAUUUCAUUCUUGGCCAAUUCUCUCGGACUCUAAAUGCCUCGUGACAUACCUCCUUCGACCAUGUCACCAAUAAAUAAAAACUGUGUUGAAAAUUUUAAAUCAAUUUCUGGACGAAUUAAGAAGCAAAGCAUCUAUUUUUAACAUAUUUUUAGUUUCAACGUUUCUUGCCAAAAAUAUUGAAUGUCUGCUGUCUUCUCUCUUGCCAUUGUUGAUUCAGCAAACACAGUGAUAAGUUCCUGUAUUGCAAAGAGGAACUUAUAAGUCCUUAAAAGACUUAACGCCAGAGGCACGUUUCAGCAAAAACAUAACUUGUGCUUUUAUUACAUUUCCUUGUAUUAAAUUGCUCUUUCCCUUUGCUAUUAUACAGUCGCCCGGUUAAAAAAGACCAAUGAAAUUAAAAACACGAGCGGUUACUUUACAGCCGCAACCACGGCCUCAAAAGCUGAGGAAGUGAACAAAAAAGCAAUUGAUUAAAGUAGGAAUGCCAUGGAUGGUUAAAUUUAGGAAUUCAGGUUAAGCCAGUGCCUGUUUGACCUAAAAUCAUUAAGAUGAUCAAUUUUGUAAUCCGCGGAAAUCUUGACAAUGCCUGACGACCUUAUCAAAAUAGUUUUAAUGCUUGUAGAUCUCUUGAAAAGGUAUACAAAGGCUUUAAAAUUUAGUUGAGACACUUAACAUUAACUAUGACGGGCUAAAACUGCAGUUAACAUUGAAAAUUGCUGCAAGAUAAUACAAUUUUUCAUUCGCUCAUAGUUAUUUUUAAAUUUCAAACGUAAUCUUUGGAUGAUUGAUCUCAGCUCACUUAUAGUUAAUCGAGAUUGCAGGCGUAUUACUCUUACCAUUAAAAGCUCUAUAGCUAUCAGAAAUCUUUGGAGACAAAUAAAAUUCUUUAGGGGGAUGACGAUGGAUAGGCCAGAGUAUGGGUGGGAGGGAAGGGAGCCUUCUCGACACUCCUCCCCAAGCUCCUACCUGCAAGGUUUUUGUUACGUUUUGAUGUUUUCUGUGAUCUAUCACUUUACAGACCCACGGCAACAUGGAAUCGAUUUGUUUUAUAUGAGAAAGAAGCAAAAAAAGUGUGAAUCAUGACGUCAUCAAUGCGUCUUUCUUCCAAUAAGUCACUUAAAAUGCCCGGGUAACUCAGCUUAUCAUACAAAUUCAAAUUAAACAUGGUGGCUCGAAAAAAGAUGGCGAAAUACUCUUUUCUAAAUUCGCGCUCUUUUGUUUUAAAAUGCGCUAAGGGCAGAAGAAACGUUUUGUGUCUCUCGAGUUCGUUACCUACUUUUCAAGCAGAGACUCUACGCAAAAGAAGAUAAACUUCCCCAAGACCCUCAAACAAAUGAGCAGUUCCUUUACUAUCCUAUAUUCAGGUAAUUUAGUGUUAACAACUAGUUUGAAAACGUAAAUUGGUCACCGUAAAGAGCAAAAAAGCUCACUUUCGAGCGUUAGCCCUUCGUCAGAGCAAUUGCUGAAGGGCAACGCUUGAAAGGGUUAACGAAGGGCUAACACUCGAAACGUCAGCUUUUUUACUCUUUACGGUGGCCAAUUUACGUUUUCAACCUAGUUGUUAACACUAAAUUACCUGCUACACUCUCCUACCGACGUAGCACCACAGUUUCUUUAGAUACUUACCCCCUUCAUUAAUUUAUCCUAUGUUCAGUUGCAUUCAGUCUAAUAGUUGCAAUUAAGGGGAAGGAGAAAUGAAGAGCAAACGGAAAUGGAGCAGAACACAGUUUGGGUUGUGAUUGAUCGAAACGUCAGCUUUUUUACUCUUUACGGUGGCCAAUUUACGUUUUCAACCUAGUUGUUAACACUAAAUUACCUGCUACACUCUCCUACCGACGUAGCACCACAGUUUCUUUAGAUACUUACCCCCUUCAUUAAUUUAUCCUAUGUUCAGUUGCAUUCAGUCUAAUAGUUGCAAUUAAGGGGAAGGAGAAAUGAAGAGCAAACGGAAAUGGAGCAGAACACAGUUUGGGUUGUGAUUGCUACUUGCAAAUUAGCCCGUUCACAAUCGCCACUUACCCUCUUAAAAAAAAAAAAAGGAACGGGGCGUAAAAUUGUAAAUUUGGAAGAAAACAAACUCCGCAUUAGAUAAUUGGCAAGAGGAUGUGUUGAUAUCCUCUUGAUAAUUGGCUAAUUUAGUGAUGUUUGCAUUUCUGUUGAAUGAGAGCAUUUUCCGAGUAGAUUGAGUCAAGUGUUAGAAUAAAUGAAACUGUUGCCAUAAAAAUCUCUUCAGUUAAUCCCGUUGUUAUGCGAUAUAUUAAGUUUCACUUCCCUUUAUUGCAGAAGCAAAACGUCCUGCCGGGCAAGGAUUUUGUUUCCAGAGGUACAACCAAAAAACUGGAGAAUGCAAGAAAAGAAUGAAAGUAUUCAAGCAACUGAAAGGCGAUUGUUGCUCAAAUGGCGGCGGAGGAUGGAGCUCUAAAAAAAAGGGCAGAACAAGAUGUGAGCCUUGUAAGACUUCUAAUAAAGGUAAAUUGGGCUUCGGUUGAGAACUAUAUUUGCGACUGGAUGUAAUACAGGCUGUAACUGCGUGUAUUUAAUGAAUUAAUUGGGGAAACGCUUUCUUUUCACGCGGAACGGCCGGUUUUAUCUGACGAACGUCCAACGGCAAACGAUUUAAUUCGAAAUUGUUUUUCAGGCAUUUUAUGACGUUAACACGUUUUGACACACCAUUUAAGAAAAAAAAAACAAUUGGCGACAAUAACAAGGGAUUUUUUAAAAAAAAAAAAACAGUUUUUAAUUUUAAUGGACGUUGCGGUACUAUACGGUCGAUAAUCACGACUAGUUUUAGCGAGUGUAGUAACGAAGAAAUACGAUGAGGAACCAAAAAGAUAUGAUGAGGAACAAAAAUAAAGCGUUGAUGGAGAAGGCGACUAGUUCGUGACGUGUGAUUGCAUCAGCUGUUGUCAAAUCUUCUUGUCCUGUUUCUGGAAAUGUUUUUUGUCACCAUCAACACUGGCACCAAAGGUGCGCAGCGGAGCUGUACCAUGGUUCGUGCAUGUUUCGUCGAUGUACAAAUACAAACUUUGUCAUGCAAACUUUUUACAGAAAUCCAGGUUUAAAAUUAAGAACAUUUAGGCCACUGAAAAAAUAUGUAACAGCUCGCCACGCUCGGGUGGACUCUAAUGAAUACCGUAUUUCCUCGAAUAAGCGCCCACGCUCUAAUCAGCGCCCUCCCUCGAAUAAGCACCCACUGCUAAGGCCAUUAUAUCAAACAAGCACCCCCUUCGAAUAGGUGCUCCCCUCCCUAUUCCCUUACUUUCUUAAAUAGUAAGGAUACAAGGAAAAACUGUGUCUAUUGCCACUUUAUCUGUAACUUUUUAAGCUUCAACCAAACAUAAUCAGCGUGGGUUAAUAAUUUCUAAAUAAGUGCCCCUCUCGAUUAAGCACCCUCCUUCCGACAUGCGCCCCCCAAUUUAGCCGAAAUUUCAAAUUGACACACGGGCGCUUAUUCGAGGAAAUACGGUACUUAGCCUUUUUACUGGAUAACUGAAGUUUACGAUCAUAAAAUGAGUAAAGGUAGUAAUGUCAUCUCUUAGGAAUGAAUUUGAAUUGUUUAAAAUCAUUUUUCUUAGUAACAAGUUACUGGGGACCCUGGAAUGCGUGGAGUAAAUGCAACGCGACGUGUGGUCCUUCAUUUGAAGUCCGUAACAGAACAUGCAUCUCUAAGGGAAAGCCAAACUGCAAGGGAUCUGGAGAGGAAUGGAAACGCUGCAAUACACCACCCUGUCCAAGUAUGUAUUGAGGGAGGGGUGGGAGGGUUCCAAGUAUUUAUUAGGGAAGGGGAGAGACAGGUGAUAUCACAAUUUUGUCACUUCGUUUGAUGUUGACAACUAAUCAAUUUGCAAUGAAAACCUCAAAAUGUCACCCUUAAUAUAUGUGUUAGGCACUGCUGACAAGCACACCUACAAAAAGACACAUCAACUGCCCAAUAGACAGACAGACAUAUCGUUUAUGUUUACAACAAGAACCGACCAAACCAUCGACACGGUAUUCAAGUUUCCGUUGCGAUUAAAAUUAUUUUCAAGAUCAAUCAAUUCUAUCCGAGACGCAGAGCUUGUUUAUGAGGAUUCGAUUUCACCAGUGAUAUUUUCAGUAUUUCGUGCAAAAACAUCACUCCAUCGCUAAUCAGGUAAUACUUUGUAAUUGUAAUGAUGAAAUAGCCAUUUGCGCGAAAGUUUUUUUAUCUCUUCGCCACAAUAUUUGAUUUCGCAGAAAAAGGGUUGUGAAUAAUUUAAUUUGUCGCAAAUCAAAGAUGAUGGCGCAGCGAUUGGUACCAAAACCAACACUGAUCCGUACCACCUCCAAAGACGCCCGACCCUCCUGGCUAGCAAUGGAGGUCCCUGAUGAAAUUUCACAUGAUCACCUUCCUUUUUAGAUGUUUUUCUUUUUUUCUGACUUCCUUCACUAAUAUUUAAGGGAGUUCACAGGUUUCCUUCCUUUGUUAUUUCAUCCUUAGUCGAUGGUGGUUGGUCUGACUGGGGUAACUGGACAAGGUGCUCGGUGACUUGUAGGAAUGGCACACAAAUACGAACUAGGACCUGUACCAAUCCUCCUCCGCAGUUUAAUGGCAAAGAGUGUCAGGGGAAACUGGAAGAUGGAAGACCUUGUAUGGAACAAGAGAAAUGCCCGAGUGAGUUUCAAUGAUUUUGAUUUUGUCGUUUUGUUAACUACUGAGAACAAGCACAUGGUUUUGGAUGCUACAGGGAUAAGGUUUGAAGGUUUAAUUGACUGUGAAAAACAAGAAAGAGUCAACGCUUAGUGAGUAUUUUGCUAGUCGAAGAUUAACUCAGUCCACGGUUUUAAACAGCUCCUUUAUUGAAUCAUCGCUUGGAGUAGUCGCGUUCAAAAUCCAGAGGUGUCUCACAGUUCUUCUGACUAGCAAGUCGUAAGACAGUGAAUUCCGUUUAUGACGUCAUCACGUUAUGCGAUUAGUAAUAAUUAAUUGAAAAUUGUGGCCUUAAUUAGCUAGCGCAGUAGAUAACAUAUCAAACAAUACAGUAAGUAAGUAAAACACGCUUGCCCUGUCAACUGAGCUGAUUUCCACAGUUAGGGACCUAUGGUUAGAAAUACUGAAUUUAAAAUCCAAAUCACUACGUUUAAGAAAUAAAUUUAAAAUAUCACAAUUAAAUAAUCACGUGAAUCUAAGAUGGUGAGAAGGUGUAAGUGUUAAUUUUUGUUUGAAGUGAUGACUAAGUUUCGUAUAAUCGGAUGUCUUCAGGGCGUGAGUUCCGUAGUUUAGGACCACUAUUAGAAAAUUUGUUUUGUUAGGUAUUCGGUCACAGGUAAAGGCAACUGCAAUGAGGUAGGGGGAGCCCCUGAGAUUGUAGUGAGUAGUAUCGAGGGCCUGGGGACUAGAUCUAAGUUCGAGAACCAGCAAAUCAAUGGUAAAACUUAAGAUCUAAAUGAACUAUAUCGAUUAUGUUUUUAAGUUGACGGGGGCUGGGGCGAUUGGAGCGCAUGGUCAGGAUGUAGUUUGACGUGUGGGAUUGGAACAAGACAACGUGAGCGAAAGUGUGACUCACCAAAACCUCAGUAUGGUGGCCAAAUGUGUAAAGAAAGUGAAAGACUUGAUAUAAAACAUUGCAGGGAACAAAAAUGCCGAGAAGGUUUGUUUGAAGAUUACAUUAUGAUAAAUGUUAGUCCUAGUUUAUUUGUUUAUUUAUUUAAUUUAUUGAUGAACCUAAGUUAUGGGUCACUUUGGAUUAUUGACUGCCAAUGAGGAGGGCAUCGUCAGAAUACCUCAGACCAUUAUGGAGGGAUCUGGAAAUCUGGUAAGUUUUCUUAUGACGCAAGCAAACUCCUUCGACAGCCUUCCCCUCCCCUCCCCCUCCCCAAGCAAGAAAUAAAGACCAGUACCUCAUUGCCAUUAGGAUGUGUCCGGCAAGAUGGAGUACUUCCUGUAUUGUGUUGGUGGUGGUGCUUACAAGUCCUUACCUCUUCGGUUCUCAAACUUGGUUUUUAAUGUUUUACAGAAUUCUCAGGAUCCGGUUCAGGAGAUGGCUGGGAAAGUGGUGAUGGAUCAGGAUCCGGCUCUGCGGGGUCUGGGUCUGGGUCUGGGUCUGGGGCAGACGACGGGUGGGAGGUAGGUGGUAGAAGGAGAAAGAGAGCCUGGAGCGAUGAUGAAGACUUACGAUGAGUGACAGAUGUUACGUCUACGUUGGCAACGUCCUCAAGAGUUCCUUUCUAGAGUAGUUAAGCGAUCGUUUCUUCUCUUAUAAUUUUAUAGUGAAAAUGUUACGCUUUUAAAAAUUAGGGAGGGGGUGGAGAGUCGCCGAUGAUGAUCCGCCAAAGACGUAGCAAAGGGUCAUUCAGAGUUUUUUUUUUCUUGAAAAUUUGCCAACCAAAUGGUGUAAAAGAUUUGCAGUAGUGCGUUAGACGUAGAGCUGAUGAUUAAAAAAUGUUUUAGUUUCUUAAGUUAUUUUUUUUCUUUAGAAGAGAGAUAUAAACUAUGACUAAAAAUAUCAACAUCCGUCAGAAAAGUAAUCAAACAAUUGAUGUCUGCAAAAUGUUUUAUCUUGUAACCUGAGACUGAGAUUUUGUCAUCAUGUUUUGUCGUUUUGAAGGAAAUCGUACAAGUUUCUCGGUAAAUUCUACUUUAUCCUUUAGUAAAUUUGAUACUUUUUCUGUCAGAACUGAUUGAGCAAUAACGACUUAUCCAAAGUGAUAACACUGAUAAAAUCUAAGAAUUCAUCUCAGAGUCUAAUAGUCAGAAGUUGUUAGAAAAAUAUGAAUAUUUAGAAUACUUGGUUAAGAAUAUUUGACUAAGGUUCACU